AUCCAUUGGGAUUUCUUUGUUUUUUUUGAAUGGAACUUCGACCAGUUCCAUUCAUGUUCUAUAUUUAUUCAAUACAUAUUCAAGCUGCUUUGAGAUUAAUAAAUCAACCAUAACAUGCAAAUAAGUCCUAUUGUGCAAUGGGCCUACAUCAUUAUUAGGCUACUGUUCAUUAGGAGAAAUACUGGGCAGAAAAUACUAACUUAGAAUACUGCUUUUAAAUUGACCCAAGUGGAUAUAACAAAACAAGCAAGUUUGUAACAUAUAGUUAAAAACAAAGGUAUUUGUAGCCGCACUAACCAUGCAAGAACAAGAUGUACUUUCGAAAGCAGCAGCUAGACCAGUUCAAACCUGGAUUAACCUCUGGAAGCCUGAAAUAUCAGAGUUAAUCCUUGAUCUUGUUAAGGCAUGUGGCAAUGAAGACGAAGUGAAGCAAGUGAGAGCCUGGUUAUACGAUCCUAGUACGAUUCCUACGACAGGCUUUACAAUUGCUGUAACCAUUUUAAUGAUGGGCGACUAUUUAAUUAGCGACGACAUUUCGACUAUCAGAAUGUGUUUUGGUAAAUUUAUGAACCAGAUUCCGCUUCUGCCAGUUAUCAAGAUGUUAAUCAUUAAAGAGGUGGAUGUUACUGAAAAAGAGAAGAUCGCAGAAAGGUACAUAAGAGAAGUACUGGAGGAUGCAAAAUACAAAGAUAAUCUACAAUUAGCUUAUGACAAAUGGGAAGAAACAAAAGCAGAUCAAGUAAAAGUGCUGAGAGAUAUUGCAGAUGAAAUGGUCAAAAGCAGACAGAGAGGACACAUUGCCAGUUUAGUCGGUUCGUCAGUGUCCGCCUUAGGAGCUGGAGUUGCUGUAGGAGUAACGGUAGCAGCAGCAAUUAUCCCUGGCGGCCUUUUAUUAGAAGGAGCAAUUGUAGCAGGUGCUUCUGCUGUCGGUAUUGCAGGAGGAGCUGCAAGUAUUGGAGCAUCAGUUGCUACGAGUAAUUUGGCAAGAAGAGCUGAGAAAAAGUCUGAGAAUGUGUUAAAAGCUCAAGCAAAGACCACCGAAGAUUUAAUAAAGCUGUUUAAAGAAUACAAGGAAAAAACAAAAAUCCACAUGGAGACAGUUAAACGGUUUGACGACGUCGUAGUGCGUUUCGAAAAGCUACAUGAAGACAGAGUGAGAGUAUCUAUUGGCAUAGGAGAUUCUGCCGAAGAAGUUCUCGGGUACGUCAAGUCUUUUAUACAAGGAAUAAAGUGGAUAAAAGGGAAGAAAACAAACAUUGUCAAAAUAGUUAUGUUAGGAGGAGGAAAGGAAAUAGCCAGAGUAAUUGGAGCCGCAGUACCCAAAGCUGCUCUAAAUGUGGCCGAUGAUGCUCUAGGAUGCGCUGGUCAAGUGUUAAGAAAAGGCGCUAGAGUCUUUGGCGUGGUUGCUGGUGUAGCUGUUAUUGGGUUUGAGGUAUACAAUAUCGUUAAUACAGCUAUGGAAGUGCAUAAAGGUUCACCUGAUAAGGCCGCUGAAGCCAUCAGAGAAGCUGCUAACGAACUGGAAAUGAGGACGCUGCCUGAACUGAAAGAUCUGAUCAUUCAGACGAAACUGGAAGCUGCGGAAGAAAGUGGAAUACAAGAGAUUACUGAGUAGAAUGUAAGUGGGAUCAGUAACGGCACUAGAGACUUCCCUAGGAGGGGUCCAAUAUCCACAACAGGUAAAAUAAAGGUAUACUAAUUGAAUUAUCGCAUAUGAAACCAAUUAUUGAUUUGAUCAUUGUAAUAAUAGAAUAGUUUAUGGAAAACAAUUGCCAUUCCGACAUUGAUAUAGAUAAUUUGAGUCGCUCCAAUUGCAGAUGACUUUGUCUUAUAAUAUAAGCUAAUAGAAACACGGCAGCAAUAGAUCCUGUAGGGGGCACGUGCCCCCCCCCCCCGUUUUGCCACAAAAUUUUAAAAUUUCAAGGCAUAUUGAAAUUAGCGCUCUCUCUUUCUAUUCUGAAUAUGUUGUGUGCCCCCCACCCACUCCCCGUUUGAAAAAUUCUGAAUCCGCCCCUGAAAGGAGGCUUUCAAUUGAUGAUGGGGAUUUUGGGUGGCUUCCAAUUAAGGUUAUUCAGGACAUUUUGAAAGCAAACUUUUCUGUAAUAUGUUUAGAUAAACAAGAUGGCUAUAAAUGUUUAACGGAAUUGAGCCUCGCUUCAAAUUAAUUCACAGUUUAAUCAAGACAUGGCGGUGGCAGAUCUAGGAACAAGAGGGGGUCAAGAGAGGGACUUUCACAGAUUAAUAAUAAAAAUAAUGCAAUAUAACUCAUAACUCACUUAUUAAAAGUAACAUGACACCAUGGUUGAGGCUGAGGUAAGAAAAUUUAUGAUUAUAGCACCUCUAGAUGGACGGAAAUGGCGCUUAAAAUUUGAGAAUUUUCGUUUCUUUCUAAUUUUUUUUACUCGACUCCGACACUGCAUGUGAGUGCAUACAUUUUUAUAUUGACUUAAUUUUUUAAUCUUUCUGCCUUGGCAAUGAUUCAAAUAAUGCUCAAUGGGUUAAGUGUUUUAAAGACCUGUUAUAUGAUUUAAAUAUUGAUUUUUGUUAUUGAGAAAAUCAUAUCAUAUCUUCAAGUGUACUAGAUUAAAUGAAUUUUUAAUGGCGCGCGGUUUAAAAUUUUAGGCCACAGGUCCCACAAGUCUGGAGGGCUGAAAUACAAGUUACAAUAGCGCACCAUCUUUCGGAUGAGACGUUUAAGCCGUUGGUCCCGUGUG